CUUCCUGUGAUUGUUUACGGUGCUGGCGCCUUCUCAAACCAAUAUAACACGGACGAUCAUCUUGCCAGCACCCAGCCUUUGCGCACCGUCCGACUUGCACUCCGUUAUGGCAUCCGUGCUUUCGACACAUCGGCAUACUAUGGACCCUCAGAGGUUGUGCUAGGAAACAUAUUAGACAACCUGAGGACAGAAUUCCCGCGGAGCGCGUACCAACUGAUGACGAAAUGUGGUCGCUACGGAGUUGCGUCUUUCGAUUAUUCGCCUGCUACAAUUCGGGCCAGCGUGAAACAAAGCUUGGAACGCCUGAAAACAAAUUAUCUGGAUGUGGUAUACCUCCAUGACGUUGAAUUCGUUUGCGAUCAGUUGGUUCUUGAUGCAUUCGCGGAGCUUCGAAAACUUCAGGAAGAGGGCCUGAUCAGGCGCAUCGGUAUCACAGGCUAUCCACUCCCGACUCUCUUGCGACUUUCCAUCUUGAUCUUGCACACGGCACCAUUCAAACCCGUCGAUAUCUUGCUUUCGUAUUCACACCUAUGCUUGCAGAACUCCACAUUUAUGGAGUUUGCAUCUCACUUCUACCGCCGAGCAAAAGUGGGGCAACUGCUCGCCGCGUCACCUCUGAGCAUGGGCCUCCUUACGCAAUCUCCUCCAAGUUGGCAUCCGGCUCCUCCGGGCCUCUUACACGCGGUGUCCAAGGCAAGGGAAAAUUGGCCAGACUUGACAAACCUUGCUUUGGGAUAUUCAUUGCGGCAG